AUGACACAUGAGAAAUAUUCGGCAAUGGUGCAGACUCUGCACCUCCCUCACAUAGCCAUUGAAACAUCGAGCGUUGUCGGCCCAUUCUUCUGGAGUACUGUGGACCGUGACGAUAAUGGCAGCACCCGAUUGCAUAUGAUAUUCCGCAAGAGUGAUGUUUUGAAAAAGGGUAGGACGAGGGGCUGGGAACUUAUCUUGAGCCAUGAGCUCGGCACGGGCAUCACGACCGGCUUUUGCAAGGGUACUCCUUCAUCCGACAUCUCAAAAUCCAUCGAACAGCUCAAGGUUUGCGCCUCGGAAAUAGAGCAUCCAAUGCUUCUCCCGUUGAUUAUUUUCGGUCACGAAUCCUCGGUGACCUCGGAAAUCAGGCAGCGCGAAGCCCGACACUGGGUGCGAAGACUUGAGAACGCCAUCUCCAUGCGCGGUGAAAUACUUGAGGACGAAGAGUACUUGUAUGGCGACGGUGCUAUCGACCUCGAAGCUGUUAACAGAGACCUGGUCGAAUGCCAGGCGCAAAUGAUGUGGAAGCAUCCAGCCCCUUACAUUUCCAUCAUUGACUCUCUCGAGGAAGUGGGCCGGCUUUUCAUUCAAGCGCUCCCUGAGUCGCGGAAAACGCCAGUGGUCGAAAGGUUCCAGAUGCGAAUGAUGGCGAGGCUGGAGCUCUAUAGGAAGAGGUGGACGGGGAUACAAACAUAUGCCGACACGUCCAUGCGAAGAAUCGAGAUUCAGCGAAGAGCCUCAAUCUUUUCAACAACGUUUUUCGACUUUGGGAACGGCACAGAUGCAGCUGCUGUGGUUUCCACCAAAUUUUGGAUAUACUGGGCUUUUACCAUUCCCUUGACUUUGGCUGUUGUUGGCCUGUACCUCCUCUGGGAGAGAAGACGGUUAAGGUCAUAUAUGCUUGAGGACGCACAAGUGGAGCAAGAUAUUGAGGCAAUGGGGCAGCACAUCUUGAAUUCUAUAAGGAAGCGGACAAUUUCGAAAAAGAAUACCUGGGAUGCGAGGAAUGAAAGAAAGGCUGAGCUUGCAGCUGAUGAGGAAAAGGACUAUGGAGGCAUCAAGGAGUCUGCAGUUACUGUUGCUAUGUCCGCAAAUUCAUGA